ACUUUUCGGCGAGCAAGUCAUGGAGAGAAAGUGAGAGAUUCUCUUUUAAGUCUCCAAGCAGCUCUACUUGGGAAGCGUAGCGGUUUUCUGUCGGGAUCGCGAUAAACGGAAAGUGAACAGAGCUGCUCUGUGUUCAGAUCGAGGAGAGUUUCAGGAAGUUUUGAGAGUGAAAAAGAGACACUGCCGGGCAGAAGCGAGCGGAGGUCUGCUGCUUCGCGGAGGGGAAAAGCGGGGAAACAGAGACGGCUCUGUUGCGCGGAUUUUAAUGAAAUUCAGCAGCUGUCGGACACACGCCUGCAACCCCUGCCAACCCUGAGUUAGAUGCGUUUGACUUUAAGAUGCGGAGCGACCCCAUACUGUUCGCCUCGAGGGCGAUGGAGGAGUUGUUGGCAGAGUUACGAGUGUUUCUGGAGUUGUUGGACAGAGAGUAUUUGACUGCUGGAGUGAGAGAGAAGAAACAGCAAAUAUUAAACAUCCUGCACAGAGUUCUGGCUACUAGAGAACCCUCGUGUAAGACAGAGAUACACACAUCUCUCCCGGCCCCUCCUCAAAUGCCCUUACCAGAGAUUCCUCAUCCCUGGAUGCCACCAGACAAUGGGCCUCCUCCCUUGCCGAGCUCCUCUCUUCCUGAGGGUUAUUAUGAGGAAGCGGUUCCACUGGGUCCCGGGAAAGCACCAGAGUACAUCACCUCUAAUUAUGACUCGGACGCCAUGAGCAGUUCGUAUGAGUCAUAUGAUGAGGAAGAGGAGGAUGGGAAGGGUCAGAAGAUGCGUCACCAGUGGCCAUCUGAGGAGGCCUCCAUGGACCUGGUGAAAGAUGCACGUAUCUGCGCAUUCCUGUUGCGAAAGAAACGCUUUGGGCAGUGGACCAAACUGCUCUGUGUCAUAAAGGACAACAAACUGUUGUGCUACAAGUCCUCUAAAGACCAGACUCCACAGAUGGAGCUCCUUCUGUCUGGUUGCAGUAUCACACACAUCCCCAAAGACGGCAAGAAAAAGAAGCAUGAACUGAAGAUUGUCCAUCAAGGAGCUGAUGCUCUGGUGCUUGCUGUACAGAGCAAAGAACAGGCCGAGCAGUGGCUAAAGGUGAUGAAAGAAGUCUGCUCGAAUGGAAAUGGAAGUGGUGUGAUUGCGACGGAGCUGGCUCUGGAUCCACUGUUCACCAAGGCAGAGCUGGAAAAGAAGCUGUCCUACGAUCGGCCCAGUUCAGAUGGAGAGCCCUGCCAUGAAAACGGCAUCUCAGAUGGCAAAGAUCCAGCUAAAGGCAAGAAGAACUCUAAAUCAGAGCAGAAAGGCACUGUGGGACGUGUGACUGGAAAGAAAAUCACAAAAAUCAUCAGCCUAGGCAAGAAGAAACCAUCUACAGAUGAACAGACCUCAUCGGCAGAGGAGGAUGUCCCAACAUGUGGCUAUCUAAACGUGCUGUCCAACAACCGCUGGAGAGAGCGCUGGUGCCAGCUAAAAGACAACCAGCUGUUCCUGCACAAAGAUCGGGCCGAUCUGAAGACGCACAUGGCCUCUCUGCCACUGCGGGGCUGUGAGGUCAUUCCAGGCCUGGACUCCAAACAUCCCUUCGCCUUCCGUCUGCUGCGUAAUGGACAGGAGGUGGCUGUUCUGGAGGCCUCCUCCUCUGAGAGUAUGGGAAGGUGGUUGGGGGUCUUGCUGGCCGAGACGGGCUCCACAACAGAUCCCGCUGCACUCCACUACGAUUACAUUGACGUAGAGACCACUGCUAACGUCAUUCAGCUGGCAAAGCAGUCAUUUUGUUUCACCAGUAAGCGUGCAGUUUCUCCAAACCCAUAUCUGGAUAAUCCGGUCAACGGUUAUGCCUGCCCCUCGGGGGUCGCUCUGCAUUAUGACGAUGUUCCCUGCAUCAAUGGAACGAUAAAAGGAAAGAAAGGCUUGAUCACCAAUGGGUUCGGUGCAAAGAAGUUGGACAAGAAUCAACCCAAAAAGGCCAAUGGCGUUAGCAGCACUCUGCCAGUGAAGCGUAACAACUCAAGUGUGGAUCAGUAUAAGUACGGGAAAAACAGAGUGGAGGCAGAUGCCAAGAAACUCCAAGCCAAAGAGGAGGAGCUGAUGAGGAAGAAGCAGGAAAUCCGAAACCGCCUGACCCAGCUGAAAAAAGACAGAAAAGACCUCCGCACUGCUAUAGAGAACAACACAGCUAAGCGUUCCCAGGCAUCUUUGACAGAGAGGCUUAAGAAAGUGGAGGAUGAGUGCAAACUGAAAGAGGAGGAGCGAGUCAGUCUGGAGCUGGAGUUGACGGAGGUCAAGGAGAGUCUGAAGAAAGCUCUGAAUGGAGGCGUCACCCUGGGCCUGACCAUUGAACCCAAAACGGGCAGCUCCAGCCCACAGGUCUGGAAAAGCCGCAGUCAUUUCUCAAACAUAGACAUGAUGUAAUACUAACUCUAGGUUUGUUUUACGUUCCGUUAAAGCAAAGCAAGU